AUGCCACCAAAAAAGUCCAACAACGGAAAACGCAAAGCGUCAACCUCCCCAGACCCCAAAACCCAAUCUGGCAGAAUCUCCAAGCAACCCAGACGCCUCGGUAGACGAGUGCCACUCGGAUCUCCUCCAUCUCCUCCCGCAGCCCAACACCAACAAUUCCUCGAACUCCUCGAACCCUCCCCCAUCAACUCCAGCCCUCCACCCUCCUGGGCCUACCAAGGUCCCAAUCCUCGCGUCCCUCGCAUGACAGCACCUGGUACAUCCGACUUGCCACGUCUCCCCUACAGCACUCGCGGCAUGCACGACCAUAUCCCUCGCCAGGGAAUUCCAUACUGGGAAUUGAAUGAUUGGGUUUUUAGAAAUUAUGAUAAUCCGAGGAGCUUGGGGUUUAAUGCGCGGAAGGCGUUUAAUUUUGCGGUUAGGAGGAUUGCGGUCAGGGAUCGGGGCUUGUUGAUUGCGAGGAGAGAUGUGCUUGCCAGGAAUGAGACGCCGGAGGCGAGUGAGGAUGAGGAGCAGGAUGAGGAGGGAGAGGAGGAGGGAGAGGAGUACGAGGAGUAUGAUGAGGGGGGAUUUGAUGAGGAUGCGGACGACAAUGAGAGUUUGGUCAGGCUGCUGCGGUGAGGGAAGGCUGACGGAAGUGUUAUGUUUGAAGGCUGGAUGGGAGGAGGAAUUCUACAUUUGUAGAAUCUCGUUGGCUGUGGAUUUCUUCCUUCUCCUCUUGAAUUUGGUAUGAGUUGAUAUUGGUGCGCGAGUAAUAUGAUCCUGCUGCAAUUGCUUUUGAGCAACAAUUGAGUCGAGUGUGGUAGCGUACUUCAUUGUUCGCGGAACUGAUUUAUGUCCGAAUGCGGUAAAACUCUUCCUAGUAUUUUCCCUCGCUCCGGAAGCUGGGCGAUGAACGCCUUAAAAGACGACAACUAAUUUUCGCUGAUCUGUAGUUGUGUCGACAUGGACGUUGCGUGUGAGAGCAAGAUGCUAUAGCAAAUCUGAGCCGCAUAGCAGCUUCUGUGGUCAUCGGUAACAGUAUACUGCUUUUUCUGCACCAAUGUGCACUUCGACGCGUGUGCUCAGCAAUCCGGCGAGAUGUACAUGGUGCAACCAGUUCUCGUUACACCGCACUGCAAGCCUUGUGGCACAAGAGACAGCUCGAUCGGGAUCG